AUGCACGUCAUGGGCAGCGUCUCCCCGGCCACCGGCGGCGACGGCUUCCCCUUCCACAAGGAGGACGCAGCCGUCGUCGAGGCGACGUCACCGCCUCGUCCUUCUAGAAUCUCACACCAUGGAGAAAACGGGACGAGACCACCAAACCCUUCACCUCCUCUUCCUCCUCCUCCCCCUCCUCCUCCUCCUCCUCCGGUACCCCUCGAACCGAAUCAGAGAGUCGAAGACCUGAAGAAGAAGAGGGUGAGGAGUUUCUUCUGGAGGACGAUACCAGAGGAGCAGGUGAAAGGUCGUGCGAACGUUUGGACCCAGGGUCCGGUCCAGCAGAACUUUGACAUUGACGUCCAGGAGAUCGAGGAGCUCUUCGGUCAGAAGGAACGUCAAUCAAACGCCACGGCCCCGCCCACCAGAGGAGUGACAACUCGAGCCCCGUUUAGAGCGACCAAAGAGGAGGUCUUCAUUCUGGACCCGAAGCGAGGGCUGACCGUUGGGAUCUUCCUCAAACAGUUCAGGAGGUCCAAUCAGGCGAUAGUGGAUGAUGUUCGCCAUGGCAACAGUGAGUCGUUGGGGGCGGGGCCUUUGAGAGAGCUGCUGAAGCUGCUUCCAGAGAAAGACGAGGCGAAGAAGCUGAAGGCGUACCGAGGCGACGCCGCUAAGCUGCCGUUGGCCGAUUCCUUCGUGCACCUGCUGAUCCAGGUGCCCAGUUACUCGGUUCUGAUCGAGUCCAUGCUGUUGAAGGAGGAGUUUCCAGGUUCCUGCGAGGCCGUGAGACGAGACUUGGACGUCCUUCGCUCCGCCACCAGAGAGCUGAUGUGCUGCACGGAGCUCCACGCCGUUCUGCACUUGGUGCUGCAGGCUGGAAACAUCCUGAACGCCGGAGGUUCUGCAGGAAACGCCGCAGGCUUCAAGUUGUCCUCCCUCCUGUCUCUGGCGGACACCAAGUCCAACAGGCCGGGCAUGAACCUUCUGCACUUUGUGGCUCUGGAGGCUCAGAAGAAAGACGAGAAGCUGCUGGAGUUUCCUGUCCGGCUGAGCGGCGUCCAAACUGCGUCCAGGAUCUCUUUGGAGACUCUGGACGCUGAACUUCAGGCGCUGACGUCUCGCACACGCUCAGUGGAGGAGAGCGUCCAGAAAGACACGCAGCUGCUGCAGCAGCUGGACGGCUUCCUGCAGAGCGCCACGGCGUCUUUGUGCUCGCUCCGCGGCAGCCAGCAGCAGCUGAAGAAGGAAGGCGACGAGCUGAUGGACUUUUUCUGCGAGGACAGGGAGACGUUCAGGCUGGACGACUGCUUCGGCGUCUUCCACACCUUCUGCGUCAGAUUCAGCACCGCUGUCAAGGAAAACAUGGAAAGGGAGGCGAAGGAGGCAGCUCGUCUUCAGCAAAUGAAGGACAAAGAACUAAAGAGACGUUCCUGGGCCGGAGGAGAGGAGGUCCGUGGAGCCGUUGGGUUGCGCUGCAGCAGCGAGACGGACAUGUCGACCGUCGUGUCCGAAGAUGACACCGGACUUCUGAUGGCGCUCCUUACCCCAAAGUCCCCACGCCGUUCAAGCCCAAAGAGCGACCGCGUCACUCGGGGGCGCUCAUUGCACUCCCAACGAACCCGGAACCCUCCGUCGAGCACGCCACUAUUCGCUGCUGAGCGUGAACUGAGCACAUACUUCAAACUGUCGAAAGACCGCAAAGUCCCUCAACAAAGAGGAAAGGGAGACUCGAGAACAAGUCUCCCAUCAGCCUCACCCAAAUCUGAGCCCACAGGUACAGGAACAUCUACAAAGGCAGACCCACAAACCAUCCCAUUACCUUCCAAGACCUCCUCGGACUCCACUUUCAUUAGCAAAGAUGACGUCCAAACUCAAGGGAAGGAGGUUAAAUGUACCUCUUGUUCAAACCAGCGCUCCGACCUCAACAACAAUGACAACAGUCAAGUUGGGGUGAGUUUGAGCAGCCAGGAAAACCUUCAGACUCACUCGUGUUCGAGCAGAAAAACUGAUGAGAACGUCGAACAGGGCGCAGCUCCUAAAGGCAACGUGUCUGUGCUCUCAGAGAAAUGUCCGCUGGUUCCUGAGCUUAAAGCGUUUGAAGAAGACGAACAUCAUCGUCAGCAAGACAGAACGAUAAUCAAAGAUGUGCAUGAAGAGGUGGCGGACAAGUCGCAAAUACCAAAUCUGCAGAAUAACUCCAAGGAUGGUGAGAAAUCUAAUGUGGGAGUUCCUGCAGCAAGGUCUCCGUCACAACGACAGGACAGUGAGGAACAGGAAGACAAGGUGAUGGUUUGGUGUGUGACAGGUGUGUGUGAGUCCACCAGUGAACAUGUACAAAUGGAAAAGGAUCAGCUUGGGAGUAAAAGUCAUGGAGAAAACCAACGAGCUUCCUCUCCCCCACCCAAACAUAUGUCUUCAGAACCUUCUCCGGACAGUGACAAGUCAGCGUCCAUACCCAUCAGCAGUCAGCCAGUGUCCCGCUGUAAUGACUCAUCGCUCCUCGCGUCUUCACCUGGACUGCAUCCUGCAGAGCCUGCACCUGCCAGUCCUGGUCCUGGUCUGACUGUAGAGGAAGAUAACGUAUCGGUCAGUCAAGGGGAAGGGCCAAAGAAAACCAGAAAUGAGAAGGCCAAUGUGGCACCUGUCUCAGAGCAAACGACUGAUUUCAAAACCAAGACGUCUUCUAGACGUUUGACAGAAAAGGCGUCUUCCACCGAUGGAAAAGCAAAACUGGCAACUUCAUCCAGACAAUCUACCAAGAGCUUCCAUACUUCUAAACCUCAAAAUACUUUGAUGAAACCAUCGACCCCAAACACGUCAACAAGUGUCAGAUCUGUCCGCACCCUCACCAGCUCUGAGAACAUGAGCAUGAGGCGAGUGGUACCCAUCACAAACACCAGCCGAGGUGCUUCGGCUGUGGCCAAACAUCCUGAAAAGCCUACGGCUCACAGCCAGAGCUCCUUCAGAACCACCGUGUCCACCAGUCAGCUGAACGCUUCCAACAGACAAGGAGAGCGGCCUUCAACUGCCCCUUCCAGACGAUCCAGCAACAAGAUGCCAGAGUCCAAGGAACUGAGGAACCAGAAGGUUUCAGGUGUUCAAGCAGCUACCAGAACGCAGAACUCAGAUGUGCAAAAGAAGCCUUCGAUCCGUAAAGCCUUUACAAAACCUAAAACCCAGACAGAUGAAAAAAUGUGCCUCAUCAAGCUGCGAGCCCUCGCUCAAGGUGAAGGAGGGGGCAGUGUCAGUGCUCCUGUCACCCCUUUGCACAAAAACAAAACCUCUUCUUCGUCGGUGCUUCCAGGCUUUGCACUAAACACGGCGUCAUCUUCUUUCAGAAGGACCAAAACCUCACUGGCUACUUCUUUGUCUCACGCUGGUUCCCCCAAAAUCCCCUUCAAGAUUUCCUCCUUAUCUCCGUUAAACGCUUCGUCAGCAGUUUCCCAUACGGGGUCACUGACUACUUCAAGGUCAGCAUCUCCUCUGAGGACAUCUGAGAACAUCAGAUCAUCUACUCGAUCUUCACUCACCAACUCGCUGGUUCUCAGCAAAGACCACCGAGAUAACGGCAGCAUCUCUGACAAGUCAACUCAUGUCAGGGAAUCGAGCAAGACCACCAGGCCGAACUGGAGAUAACAGG